AUGGAAAAGAAGAGAUUUACUGAAAUAUCAGGCAUUUCAGGCAUUUCAUCACACUCAACCCAACAAGCGAAUCAAAAACUUCAAUUCCUGCAGGACUCCUAUCUAACUGCAUCACAUUGCAUUAAAAUUACCAAUCGACCAAAUGCCCCUCCAUCAGCGAUUGGAAACGCGAGAAUUCCAUCCCCAAGUCAUCAACCUCCAUAUCCAUCACCAAGCCCUGUGCCAACCAAUCGCGAUCAACCACAAGUUCGAAUAAGUAGUCCUACGAGGUAUAGUUGGAGGAACGCUUUACAAGGUGUUGCAAAUCCUGGUACAACCGAAACCUUCCCAAAUCCCUUUAGACCUCGUGCUGGCUCAAGAAGUACUUCAAGGGGGAGACCGAGAAGACCAAGUACAUCUAGAUUGUGGAAUCCGACAAAUUCAACCCCGAGAGCAUAUCCUCAGCCAUCUCCAAAAAGACAUCAGUCACCGCCGGAAGAACGACCGGUUAUUGCGAUACCCCUUCAACAUCCAGAUAUAUCAAAUUUACGGGAGGGAGCCAGUGCUGGAGGCGAUUACCCAUUAUUAACGUUACCGGAACAGCGACAACAAAGACAUUCCGCAUCUACGAGGGCAAGUUUACAGGUUGAUAGGAGUGGAAGUUCAUUGAGUUCGCAUCGAAUAUCUUUACCAAGAACGGUUAGCAUAGACCUUGCGCGAAAUCGAAAAAGCGGUGAUUCUCCUCUUACACCUACUGCCGGACCAAAACUUGAUAAGGGUAAGGGAAAAGCUGUCGAAGAAGAGCCUGUUAUAACUGUUGCGACAACAUUGGAGAAGCUUACUGGAAGGGCUCCAGAAGGAAGACAACUUACUCCGACACCUGUCUCGGGCAUCUCUUUCGAUUUCAGUAAAGCAGCUAUGUCUACGGACCUCGAGCGCGGUCCCAAUACCCUCAAUCCGUAUAAUCCAUCUGGCACAUCGCCAAUACCACAUGCGAACGAUUCAAACAUUUCAUUGCCAGGCGGUAUCGGUUCCGCAUUAUCCUCAAAUGGCACAUCGAUAGUUGGGGAAGAGCCAGGGGAGGGAGAUGAUGAUGCUUGGGGUCCCCAACAUCCAUGCUUUCCACAUAUGAAUAUGCAUGUUCCACUCUCAUCGCCUUUAUACAAUACAACACGCAUAAUACGUAUUCGUCGUGAUUGGAUGUUGGAAGGAGAUCUCGCGCCUACAUUUUCAAAUUUGUAUCCAGAAAUUUUGGAUCCGGCCGGGGUUACAGAACAGGAUUUUAGAGGCUUGAUUGAGAGGAUUAACAAUGAAUUAAUACCGGCUUUUAAUCCUUGGGGUGCGAGAAAUAUCUUCGAUGGGUUGAUGGGCUUGGUGACGGGUUGGGUAUGGGAUGAUUUGGGCUGGACGGGGGUGAAGUCUCGGUUGAAUCGUGUCGAAAUGUGGUUGGAGGAAUGGAAUAGAGAUAUGGAAUCGAGGGCAAAGGAGCCGGGAACAGCUCCAAAAAUCGUGAGCUUGAGGAGAACGGGAUAUAUGAAUCUCGAUAUUCAAGUCCCAGAUCCGGAAAUUUCAUAUCCCGCCACAAUACCCGAAUCAGAUCGUUUAGAUUCGGGGAUUUCGCAAAAUACACAUGUCACGGGAUCCCCACCGGAACAUGAGUUACUAGCUACCAUACCAAGUAGAAGUCAGAAGAGUGACCAUGUGGAAACCGUUUCUUAGGUGGCGGUGGGCGAUGAGAGCUA